UGAGAUCCAUACACACAACUGAGCCACCAAGCAGUGUCGCAAUUUGAACAGUGGGCGGGCUGUAGCAACGAGGGGUUGUGGUUUACAACAUUUGCACAGAGAGAAAUUGAGCGUCAGACUUUACAGUUAACAAAAGUAAAUAAGCAAGAAAGCUACCAGCUCUGCAGCACUGUGCCAAAGCAGCUGAAGAAACUAGAGGCAUCAUGAAUUCCACACAAGAAACAGAACCACUUUGGACGGUGUUGAGUAUUUUCUACACAGUAACAAAUGUGAUCAUCUUCAUCCUGGGUGUUGCUGGAAAUGGUUUGGUGAUCUGGAUUGCAGGAUUUAAGAUGAAGAGGUCAGUCAUCAGCAUCUGGUACUUGAGUCUGGCGGUGUCUGACUUCCUGUUUUGCUCCUUCUUGCCUUUUAAUAUCGUCUAUAUAGUCAAACGUGAGUGGUUCUUGGGGGACUUCAUGUGCAAGUUGAUGUUCUUCAGCAUGUACUUCAACUGGUUUAGCAGCAUCUUCCUCCUCGUCAUCAUCAGCGUGGACCGCUGUGUGGUCGUCAUGUUUCCUGUGUGGGCUCAGAACAAGCGUACUGUCAGAAAGGCUUCAGUGAUAGUCAUGUUAGCUUGGAUCAUCUCAGCUGCAUAUUGCUUGCCAUCAACCAUUUCCCAAGAAGUUCAGCAAGAUGACCACCAGGAGACAAAAUUUUUUUUCUACAAUUACUCAAACAGUCAAGAGCACACCGCUGAUGUGACAUGUGACUUCAUUAUUGGAUUUGUGAUCCCGUUCCUGAUCAUUGUCAUCUGUUAUGUUGUCAUCAUACGAAAGCUGAAGCCCACCAAGAUGGCGAAGUCCAAAAAGCCAUUCAAGAUCAUGACGGCGCUGAUUGCUAGUUUCUUCGUCUGCUGGCUGCCAUAUCACAUUUUUGCUUUAAUGGAACUAAAUUACACAAAAUAUCCGCAUUUUAUUAUUUCAGGAUCUACAAUUGCCCUCAUUCUUGCCAAUGCUAGCAGCUGUCUGAACCCACUUCUUUAUGCAUUCAUGGGGAAGGACUUUAAACGCCAAUGCUAUGCGCUUUUGACAAAGAUUGAGAAUGCAAUUGAGGAUGAGGAGGACAAGUCCACUCUCCGAGGGACAGGCACUACCAGCACUGGGGAAAGCAAGCUUUCAACUGCCAAUAAUUUAAAUAGUAGCCUUGAGCAAUGUUAGUAUUAAAAACAGCCAGCAAGUGUCUGCUUUAAAUGUAAACCUUUGCUUCCAUCGACCAACUGUAAAAAAAAAUUCAGAUGAAAGUGGUGUGAGUGCAAACAUUUCAACUUACCACACUGGUGAAGUUAACUGUAAUGGACAACAGUUGUAUUGGAAAUAUAUCUAAUGGAGGCUGUGUCAAACAUGGAACAUUUAUUUUUAACCACAAGGUGAAUGAGCUGAUAUCAGAACAAUACUAUUUUGGAGACAAUCAUAACAGGAUGUAAAACUAACCCUGCUGUGUGGAGACUUUGAGACAUUGUGCUGCUCAGUGGUUGAUGUGUUGUUAAAUAAACUUGCAUAUGUCUAUGUAUGCCUACUGCUAGCUCUGUACUCAGACCAGUUGCUGUAUUUUGUGGUAACUGAAAUCAUUUAUGUGUAUAUAGCAUUUAUAUAU